AGGCUCGGUCCUCGCUGGUCUUUCCUCCCAGUGGGGUCCUGUCACAGUGCCCUGGGCCUCCACUACCACAGCCCUGGGAUUCCUGGUCCCCGGCGGGGCCAGCGGUUGGGAAGGGUUGGCCCCUAAACUUGCUCAUCCAGCCCAACCGUCCCGGCGGCUUCUCCCAGCCCUUGGGGCUGUCCUGAACCUCCUGGACAAGCGUCCCAGAUCCCGCCUCCUCGCCAGCCCAGCCCUGGAAAGAAGAUUUCGGCCCAUGCGGGCCAGGGAGGCCUCUGCGGCCUAGGGCAGGCAGCUCCGGGGGCCUGGCCAACCCAGCGGCCCCUGGGAGGCCGUGGGGACAGUUCAGAGCGCGCCCCUUGGAUGAGGUCCCGCAGCGACGCCCCGGCCCGCCCCUCUCCUCCUCCUGCCUGGCCAAACUGCCUCCCAUUUGGGAAGUUUUGUGGGUUUUCUUUCUCCUCCAACCUUGGCGGAGACCACUGCUCAAGCGCCACAGCCGGGGGUAGCCUCCUUGCUUGGAGGCCGCGAAGCAUGGUGCGGGGCAGCCACCGCUGAAGUCAGCGAAAUCGAGCCUGGCCUGAAGCAGGCGGCGCUGGAGGCCAAGGCCAUGGCCAUUGCCACGUCGGCCCAGCUGGCCCGGGCACUGUACGACAACACUGCCGAGUCUCCCCAGGAGCUGUCCUUCCGCAGAGGGGAUGUUCUACGGGUACUGCAGAGGGAGGGUGCUGGCGGACUGGAUGGCUGGUGCCUCUGCUCCCUGCAUGGCCAGCAGGGCAUUGUGCCUGCCAACAGAGUGAAGCUUCUUCCUGCUGGCCCAGCGCCCAAGCCUAGCCUCUCCCUGGCACCCUCCGCCCAGCCUGGCUCACCACACCCAACCCUAGAGCACAGCAAUGAGGAACAGGAGGUGUAUGUGGUACCACCCCCAGCUCGCCCCUGUCCUGCCUCAGGACCUCUGACUGGACCCUGCCCACCCUCCCCUGACUCCAUCUACAAGGUCCCCAGAGGCAAUGGGACCCAACUGUCCACUCCCAGAGAUGCCUUGGAGGUCUAUGAUGUGCCCCCCACUGCCUUCCGAGCUCAAUCCAGUGACCCCUAUGACUCCCCAGCUUCCUUUUCUCAUCCACUGGCCCGGGUUGCCCAGCAGCACCCUGGGGAAGAUGAAGCUCCCUAUGAUGUACCUCUAGCCCCAAAACCAGAGCCAGAUCUGGAGUGGGAAGGGGGCCGGGAACCAGGGCCCCCACUCUACGCUGCCCCCUCCAACCUGAAACGGGCAUCAGCCCUCCUCAACCUGUAUGAAGCACCCGAAGAACUGCUGGCCAACGGGGAAAGUGGGGACACUGAUGAGGGCAUCUAUGAUGUGCCCCUGCUGGGUCCCGAGGCACCCCCUUCUCCAGAGCCCCCAGGAAACUCGGCCUCCAACGARCUGGACACCCUGGCCCAGCUCCUGGCCAGAAGCCCUCCACCACCACACAGGCCUCGGCUGCCCUCUGCUGAGAGUCUGUCCCGGCGCCCUCUGCCUGCCCUGCCUGUCCCUGAGGCUCCCAGCCCUUCUCCGGCUCCCUCUCCUGCUCCAGGCCGCAAAGGCAGUAUCCAGGACCGGCCUCUGCCUCCACCCCCACCCCGCCUGCCUGGCUUUGGGGGUCCCAAGGUCGAGGGGAAUCCAGAGGACAGGGAAGUGGAGGAUGAUCCAGCAGGACCCCACAAUGAGUAUGAAGGCAUCCCAAUGACUGAGGAGUACGACUAUGUUCACUUGAAGGGCAUGGAUAAAGCUCAGGGAUCUAGGCCCCUGGAUAAAGCCUUUCCAGAGGAUCCUGAACUGCAGGAGAAGGGACUGCCUGAGCAGCAGGAGGCCCCAUCCCCAGGGGAACCACUGGUUCUGUCCACCGGAGACCUACAGCUCCUGCACUUCUAUGCAGGGCAGUGCCAGAGCCACUACUCAGCGCUACAGGCGGCUGUGGCAGCCCUGAUGUCCAGCACCCAGGCCAAGCAGCCCCCAAGUCUCUUCGUGCCCCAUAGCAAGCGGGUUGUGGUGGCUGCUCACCGUCUAGUAUUCGUUGGGGACACCCUGGGUCGGCUGGCAGCCUCUGCCCCUCUGCGAACACAGGUGGGGGCUGCAGGUACAGCGCUGGGCCAAGCUUUGCAGGCCACUGUGCUGGCUGUUAAGGGGGCUGCCCUGGGCUAUCCCUCAGGCCCUGCAGCCCAGGAGAUGGCACGGUGUGUGGCAGAACUGGCAGGGCGAGCCCUGCGAUUCACCACCCUGCUCACCAGCCUGGCUGCCUGAGGGUCUGUUGGCACAGCCUUCCCCUCCCCUGCCUGGUCAGAGCCUCCACACACUCAGGUCUUGGGUGGAUGGAGGGCUGUUUCAGGGAAGGGGAGGUCUCUUCCCCCUCCCCUUCCCCUUUCAGUCAUCUCAGCCUCUCACAGAGGCAUCUCUUUCCCCUAAUCCACAGCUUUUUGUAUGAGAGCCAUUUUGUAUAAAUUAUUUAUAUUUAAUGUUAUUCCCUGCUUUGUCAGGGCCAGGCACCAGGUCCUCUGAGGCAGGGAUGAACUGAACCCUCCUCCUCACCAGCCAGGGUUAGAGGUCACUGCACUGCCUCCUGCCUCUGGAAAUUUGGGACACCAAGAAUCAAGUGGCAGGAACUUGGGACCACACAGAGUCUCUCUCCCUUCCUGUUUCUUGGUUCCUGAACACCAAUUCCUCAYUUAGCCGAGAAUGAGAGAAGGACAUUGACUGCCCAGAAUAUGAAGGUCUGGGAGACAUCAGAAGACUCCUCCCCUCAAAAGGCAGGAAUGUUGGCCUG